AUGGAACCAGAACUCUCGCCAACACUCCCUGAACUGGGAAGUAAUGUGCCUUCUGAGAAGGCCACUCAUGGUUUAGAAGAUGAGCCUGGCUCACCUCAUCCUCAUAAGAAACGUCGUACGGACUCCUGCUUUGGCAACUCACCCGACGUCAAAGAAGAGACGGAUAUCGGCCCAGAAGACCCAAUCGAACAAACGCUCGUCGCUGCUCUCAAUCCUCCUACUGUUGAAACAGUAGCUGAACCAAUAGACGACCAACCUGCGGAGAGCAACAAUGAAAACAAUGCUGAGAAAAAUAGCUCGGAAUCGGCCGAAGCGCCUGAUCCCGAGGUUGCCGCCGUCUUCGGAAGUAUUAUUGAUCGCGCCGAACGCCUAGAGGAGCAAUAUGCACUGGAUCAAUUACAUACAGAGAGCAGCGAGCAGUCGCCGAAUAAAAAUGUGACUUUUGUCAAGGCUAGUUUAUCUUUGAAGAUACAGAGUCUGCCUAUCCUCGACAAUCUGUCAACGCAAAUACUCUCCCUUCUAGCCAAGUCCUCGUAUCAAGACAUUACAUCGUUUGUUUCAGAGCCUGAUUCAGAGAACGGUCAGGCAUAUGCAACCAUGCGAUCGUUAUUCGAUCAUACGAAAAGGGUUUAUACUACCAAACAAGCCUUCCUGUCACCAACCGACCUAGACUUGACGGAACCUUCUCAAGUUGAUAUCAUACGCAAAGCAAACCUUGCCUCAUAUGUCUCGAGCAUAUUUGGCUCACAGGAAAUAAGUUUUGCCGAGCUCAACGACCACUUUAUUGACGUGUUUGUACCUGAAGGAAGAGGUCUGCUCAAGGUUCAAGGUGCACUUUUCCUCGAGCUCAAGACGCAAGCAUUCAUUGCAUCAUUGAACAACGAAGAGCGCACGAGAACAGAAAUUUUAUUUGAGUUAUUUCCUGAUGACUUGGAGCAGCGUCUUCUCUCUAAGCGAAUGGGCACACGUCAGCUUGCUCCGAGCGAAGCCGACUUUGUUAAAAGAGCACGAUCCAGACGUGACAUCAUCUUCGCGGAUAUUAAUAAUGAAGAAGCAAUGAAGGCGUUGCCCGAUAAGUACCACUGGGAGGAUUUUCUGAGGGAUCUUAGCUCCUAUAUAAGCAAGAACUUCGAGGCUAUCAAUAGCCAACAGUCACGCAAACUCGUCAAAGGCCGGCAGUCAAUCUCUGGAGAGAGUCAGGAUGCACCUAGUAGUGCACCUCUCGAGAGUCAAUUCACCGUCGCUACCCAGCCUGCAGAGGUCACCACAGAUCGCAACCUGCAUGGAGACCUCGUCGCACGUGCCGCACGAGCAGCACAGAUUGCUUUGCAAGGUCAUGGACUGAGGAAAUCUCAGCAACAAUCGCAACAUCAGCAACAACAGACGCAGCAACAGCCACAGCAACCCCAACCCCAACCCCAACAACAAGUCCAGACGCCGCAACAGGCCCCGCAGUCCGCCCAAAGUACACCGGCUCCUCAGUCUAUUCCUCAAACUGCUCCGCAAAAUGUCAAUCAAGGUUAUCAACAUAGCCCUACCCCACCGGGAUACCAGCAAUUGACAUUCCAGCAUAAUACGAUCCCAGCACAGAGCUUCCAACAAUAUACGCCUCCACAGAACGGAUCCGGCAACAUGCGAGCUAAUGACGCUGUAGCCAAUUAUGGUUAUAUGCCAGGUGUCCCUCACUACUCGCAGUCCCAGCCAACUCAGGUGUUGUAUGAACGAGCGCGUAUGGCAGCAACAGCCAAGUCGUCAUCCAACAGUCGCCGAGCCGGACUCCCCAGCCAACGUCGCCCUUGGACCACUGAAGAGGAGAACGCUUUGAUGGCUGGAUUGGAUCGUGUCAAGGGGCCUCACUGGAGCCAGAUUUUAGCAAUGUUUGGACCUGGAGGUACAAUCAAUGAAGCACUCAAGGAUCGAAACCAAGUCCAGCUCAAAGACAAAGCUCGAAACCUGAAACUUUUCUUCCUCAAAAGUGGUAUCGAAGUGCCGUAUUAUCUAAAGUUCGUGACGGGUGAGCUCAAGACUCGAGCACCUGCACAAGCUGCAAAGAACGAGGCACGAGAACGCGAAAAGAAGCGUGGCGAAGAGGACAAAGCUCAUGUCGAAGGUAUUGAAGGUAUGAUGGCUCUUGCCGGUGCUCACAUGUCACCCGGUCAAGGUCCAGAUAGCAUGUCAGCGUCUCCGGCUAUUUUCCAAGAACCGGAACAUCAAGAUCCUCAUAACGACGCUAUGAUUGAUCAAACUGAGGAGCAAAAACUGAUCCAGAGUCUGGGUCAAGAAGUUCCCGAAGGGUUGCUUCAGGUUGCUCAGCACAAUGCUCAACACAGUGCUCAACACAACGAAGCUAUGGAUACUGGUUCAGCAGAGAUGCACACUCCUGCCCAGUAG